UUUCCCAAAUUGGGAAGAGUGCGUGGCAGUUUAAAAACUGUGAUGGGCGGUCCGCUCACACCCGAGCUCUAUAAAUAGCGCAGCUUGUCUUCAUAACGAAGUGAUAUAAUACUGAUAACUAAUGAUAGCAACACAUUGUAACUGGCAACCUCAAAGAAAAUUAAUCCUCCAAAUUCUUUUCGAAGCAGACCAAGAUGUUCGUGUGGUACAAACUCCUGUGUCUGGUCGCAGUGACAUUGAACACAUUAGCCUGUGAUGACGUUAAAAGAAACGUCUCUCAAUCUGAAUUCUGCAAACCUGAUGUAGUGUAUAAAGCUAAAAUACUGUCGACUAAUACCUCGACAGAUACAAGAGAAGUCACCUUUAAAUUACUUGACCACGAAGAAUACCUCCGAUUCAGCCGUGAAGCUGAAGAUCACUGGCAUAAAAAAUCCAUAUCGAUUGUGAGAAUCCCUUAUGUCAAGAAACUUAAAUGUGAUUCUAAGUUUACUUCGUCUGAUGAAAACCACUAUCUGGUGUUAGCGAAUUUGAUUUAUCAGGAUGCCGAGUGGUCAGACAAGUUGUCAGUGCCCAACUGCACAAGCUUGAUUCCCCUUGAUUGUAUUGAAGGAAAUUCACCACAUAGGUCUAUAUGUGAAGAACCAGAGAGAACUGAAAGUUAACCAAACAUAUUUUUUUUUCUGAAAAUAUUAUUAAUGUAUUUAAAUAUAUAAGAAUCAAGCAGGCCUGUUGUUACUAAGUAAAGUCUUUAAACAAGAUUGCCACAUUCGCGUGAGUGCAAAAGGUUUCAUGUUUGACCAUAUAACUUUUCGAUUUAAUGUUGUUUUUAAUAAAUCACCGUUGAAGCAAAUACCA